AUGCAGGAUUUUCGACGAUUCUUUUGGCCAACUAUCGCUUGGCGUCUACUUCACAGAUCAGUCAUUGUUCCAAAACAGAAGCACUGCUUAACACUACUUCCGAAAGAGCAAAUAGCUUUGACAGUCCAUCGGUGGCUAUUCGCUGAAUCAGUCGAGCAUAUUGUAAAGAAAAGUGGUAAUACUAAGGACAAACAUCUCACACUUCCCUUAUCUGAGCAUAAGGCGGAUCAGUCACCAGAUUUUAUUAUUGCUGGGUUGCGAGACAUUUAUCAAAAGCGGCUAACGGUUCAAUCACAUGUCUUUAUUGACAGCAUUUUGAUACCUCUUGAAUCAAAAAAUGGCAAUCUGGUAGAAUUUCUGCAACGAUCUGGUGACACUCAUGUUCCAUUUCUAUUGAGCUUAUGCGGCCUGCCAAUGAGUGAUGCUACGUGUAGUGCAAAAUCCUCAAUAGCUGAUCGUCUUUGGAAUGCACUUAUCCGUGCAAAUGUUCCAAUAACUCAUGCAGCGAUGAAAAGCCGUUUGAGGACCUUAAUUGAAAACGAGCAAGCAUUCGAUGCCCUGCAGAUGUUGAAGGAAGCUGAAAUAACAUUUGGUCUGGAACCAGACGAAGAAUUUUUCACUGCUAUUCUGCAGGGACUCUCGGUCACGAGAAGUAUUAAUACAAUGAAUUGGAUGAUAAGAGAAAUAAAAAGGCGCAAGUUGACCGUGAACAGAGAAAUGAAAAUAUCUCAGAUAUACUGCUAUUUUAAGAACGAUGAUCACAAGGCAGUAGAUCUACUUCAAAAUGCUAUUACAGAAUAUGGGAAUGAGUUUGAACCACUAAUUUUUAUGGUGCGCUGUCAAAUUGCUAUCGAAAAAUGCAAUAUCCAAGAUUUUAAGCUGUUAUUGGAUUCAUUCUCUUCAUCGGAUUUAUCACUGAAAUUACUCACUGAUGAAAUGGUGGUGAAAUUUGUUUGGUUACUGGCGUGUAAUGGUACCGAUUCGAUGGGCAAAGAUCAUGAACAGCUUUGCACUGAAAUACUUCGGAAAGUAAGAAAAGAGCAUGGUUUUUUUAAAUUGAUGGUUCGAGAGGCAAAUCGACAUGCGGUCCAUGGAAUGUUCUAUUCAGCCCUCUCAUACUUUCACAGUGAUUUGCAUGAAUCAGCCAAAUCCACUUUUGGAAGUGGAAGUGAUCUUGGACGUCAUAUGGAAUGGGUUAGUUGCUUCUCGAAAGCUCUAAUAAAUGCUGAUUUGCCUUUGGAAGAAUUGAAAACAUUGUUUACCCAUAUAAAUCGAAACACUCAUCAUGCGCAUUUUUUGCUGGAGAAAAUUUUGUAUUGUGUUUUGACGCAAAAGUUUCUGUCUAUUCAAAAAUCUUUACUGCUAACUUUGGAACUUUUGAAAAUUUUGGAUCCUUAUCGCACUAAGAUUCACGUCAUUAUAUCCUUACUUGUACGUGCAUCUGGAGUUGAGCAACGCCUCGAAAUAUUAUCUCGUUUUUUAUCAGUUGGUUACAACGAUUUAAAUCACUUGAAUUAUGGCGCUGUACGGAAGCUGGUUCUGCAGCCUAUACUCGGAGAAGAUGGCGCAAAAAAGAACAAUUGGAACACCGAACAACUUGUUCGUAUUGUGGAUAUUAUCAAGGAGCAUAAAAUAUCAGAAGACAAUGCUUACAAACUCUUAGAACCUGCUGUCACAGGAGUGAGCAAUUUGGAAAAGUGGCUGAAGGAGCGAAGUAAUCGAAAGAAAACUAAUGUAAGGAAUUAUAGUGAAAAAUUUUCGAUUAUAUUGAAGAAAUACAUCUCGAAUGAGGAGGUGGAUAAGAUCCAUGAAUUCAUCAAAAUAAAUGGUUCGGCAGAUAUUCCUCAGUUGUUUCAACCCAUUAUUAUGUUAUACAUAUGUAAAGCUGAUUGGAACAUACUCACAGAAUACAUAAAACAAAUACAUAACGAUGGCAGUAGUUUGGUUCACUUAACUAUUGACAAUGUUUUAUUGAUACUGGCUAGACAUUUGCAAGAAUUCAGGAGUUUUAACAUGACGGCUGAUUUUGUUCAUUACUUACAACAAAUUGUUCCUAAAGAUCUGCACUCAAAUACUAGGAAUCAGAAAACGAUGAAGAGGCUAAUAAAACAGUGCUUAGAACUUUCUCACCAAACUAUUCAGCCAUUAAUUGCCUGCUCGCAAAUGUUUAGGAUACUCGCAGAUGUUAAAUGGAUUCAAUCCGGCUUCUUUGAAACUGUCUCAAUUUCAUUUGCUUCAGCGGCUUUAACAAAAUUUGGUUUCGAAGAAGCUUUGAAAGUUUGCAGUUUUUUCCAAUUUUGUGAUUUUCCAAAUGGUAUCAUUUAUUUGCUGCAUUAUGCUGCCAGAAUCAAUGAUGAAAAUCUUACCAAUAAAGCUCUUUCCAUAGCGAGAACAUACUGGCCAGAAUGGAAAAUUUCCAUAAUCUUUGCUUCGAUUAUGAUUUGUUUAGAAAAGCUAGAAGAGGGCAGUCGUUUGCUACAAAAUGUUAAUAUCCGAUGGGUAAACGUUUUCCAGACUUAUAAACUGUUGUGUGCUUUAAAUCUUGAUGAGGGGCAUAACUUUCACUUCAACUAUCUAAACCUUUUCUCAAAAAUACUGGGAUACAGCAAAUAUGAUGAAGCUUGCACUCGUUUGGCAUUGAAUUGUUUGAAGAAUUGCACUCGAAAAGAUCCAGAUCAAGCUUAUUUGGUGAAGGAUUUUCUCAAAAGCAUUGGAAUGUAG